CCUCGUCGCCAGCAGCCAAUCAGAAAGCGCUUUCUUUCUCUGCGGGCUAAAUAAAGUUGGGCGCUGUUUACAGAGCUUCAGUUGAGUUUGGUGCACUGAGCUACAAGAUCUACAGCUGUGCAGUCAUGUUUCUGACCGUGGCCUCCCUCCUGGCUCUGUGCUUCUGCACUGGGUUCACUGCUCCCAGUUUGGACAGGCAGCUGGAUGAUCACUGGAAGCUCUGGAAGUCCUGGCACAGCAAGAGCUAUCAUGAGAAGGAGGAAGGCUGGAGAAGACUGGUUUGGGAGAAGAACCUGAAGAAAGUUGAGUUCCAUAAUCUUGAGCACUCUAUGGGAAAGCACACCUACCGCUUGGGCAUGAAUCAGUUUGCUGACAUGACCAAUGAGGAGUUCAGGCAAGCAAUGAAUGGCUACAGGAGCAACCCCAACAAGAAGUCCAAAGGUUCCCUGUUCCUGGAGCCCAGCUUCUUGGCGGUCCCUAAGCAGGUGGACUGGAGAGAGAAGGGAUAUGUCACACCAGUAAAGGAUCAGGCUCAGUGUGGCUCAUGCUGGGCUUUCAGCAGUACAGGAGCCCUGGAGGGUCAGCACUUCAGGAAAACUGGCAAACUGGUCUCCCUGAGUGAGCAGAACCUGGUGGACUGCUCUCGUCCAGAGGGAAACCAGGGCUGCAAUGGUGGCAUCAUGGAACAGGCAUUUCAGUACGUCAAGGACAAUGGUGGCAUUGAUUCUGAGGAGUCUUACCCCUACACUGCAAAGGAUGACCAGCCAUGCCGUUACGACCCUAACUUCAACUCUGCUAACGACACUGGAUUUGUGGACAUUCCCAGUGGUGAAGAGCAUGCUCUGAUGAAGGCUGUUGCUGCUGUGGGCCCUGUCUCAGUUGCCAUUGAUGCUGGUCAUGAAUCUUUCCAGUUCUACCAGUCUGGGAUCUACUAUGAGAAGGCGUGCAGCAGUGAGGAGCUGGAUCAUGGUGUUCUGGUGGUUGGUUAUGGCUUUGAAGGAGCAGAUGAAGAUGGAAAGAAGUACUGGAUUGUGAAGAACAGCUGGAGUGAGAAAUGGGGUCAGAAUGGCUACAUCUACAUGGCAAAAGAUCGGAAGAAUCACUGUGGAAUUGCAUCAGCAGCCAGCUAUCCUUUGAUGUAAAAGCUGAAGGACUGUGCAUCUGUAACACACACCAUAUUUUUGCUGUGGCAAUUGGGCUUUUCUGGAAGCAGCUGCUACUGGCCCUGAAGCAAAACCACAAGUGUGGUUUUUGGCAACACUGUUUUAGAGACUUAAUUUAAUUUUAUCCUUUUAUUUUCAUCUUGUUUUUAAUAAAUGUUGUUUGUAAAUAAGUAUGAACAUUUUCCCUUUUAUGUAGGUUUGUUUGCCUGCUUUCCUGUGUUUUUAUACAGGCAUGCAAAUGUUACAUUAAAAUGUUAUGAGAAGUGGAAA